AUGUCGAAUGUUCCUUCGGCAUUCUAUACCGAUUCUAGGAUCAACUACAGUCCAUCAGCUACCCACGCCAACUUUCGGCAUGGUGUGCUGAGCGACCAACAGUCACAUCAAUCCAACCCUGACAGGUCGUCUCAGAAAUCCUGCCAGAACAUGUCAGAGCACGUGUCGAUCUCUGAAGACUCUCCCACGAGUCCCACAUCGAAACUGAGUACUAAGAGCAUCACAAAUGCUCUCUAUAAAUAG